ACAAGAGGAGCAGGUACUUCUCUAAACGGGACACCUGACCAGAGGGGCACAGACCCCUUUCUUCAACAUCCACCAUGUCAGACCAGAGUGGUUUCCAUUCAGAAGACAGCUUUGGCUCUACAAGUGACAAACAGAACAGGGGUCAAGACAUUCUUUUCUCAUCUCCAGAGGAGGACAGCAGUCUGUAUUUUACUUACAGUGGAGGUCGCAAUGAAGUGGAAGUCCACAAUCUCAACUAUGAGGUGGACAUGGCAGCACAGAUACCCUGGUACGAGAGGCUGUCCGAGCUUAAGAUGCCCUGGGAGAUGCACGGCAACAAACAAACGGUCAUUAAGGACCUCAACCUAUGUGUGCACAGUGGCCAGAUGCUUGCUGUCAUCGGCAGCUCAGGCUGUGGGAAGACCUCCUUACUGGACAUCAUAACAUGUCGGGAUGAGGGUGGCACCAUGAAUUCAGGAGAGAUUCUGAUCAACGGGAAACCUUCCACACGUUCCCUGGUGAAGAAAUGCAUCGCUCAUGUGCGCCAGGAUGACCGUCUGUUACCGCACCUCACGGUACGAGAGACGCUGGCUUUUGUGGCCAAACUACGGCUGCCUGCGCACUUCACCCAGAAACAGAGAGAUCAGCGGGUGGACGAUGUCAUCGCGGAGCUGCGUCUGAGGCAAUGCGCGCACACACGCGUCGGAAACCACUACGUGAGGGGGGUGUCCGGUGGUGAGAGGAGGAGGGUCAGCAUCGCUGUUCAGCUGCUCUGGAACCCAGGUAUUCUCAUCCUAGAUGAGCCUACUUCAGGUCUGGACAGCUUCACAGCCCAUAAUUUGGUCAUUACAUUGUACCGUUUGGCUCGAGGGAACCGCCUGGUGUUAUUGUCAGUCCAUCAGCCUCGUUCAGAUAUCUUUCAGCUCUUUGACCUGGUAGUGCUCUUGUCUUCUGGUUCAGCCGUGUACUGCGGUCAGGCUAAGGACAUGGUAUCUUACUUUACUUCUCUUGGGUACCCAUGUCCACGAUACUGCAACCCCUCUGACUACUACGUGGACUUGAUAAGCAUUGAUCGGCGCAGUCCUGAAAAAGAAGCACAAUGUUUAGAGAAAGCAAAGAUGUUAGCAUCCCAGUUUGUAGAGAAGGUGAAGAACACAGAGGAUUUCAUGUGGAAAUCAGAAGAUCGCGGUUCUCUGGAACUGGAUGCCCCUCAAAGCAGUGUACCUCCCAUCUCGAAGAAGGAAUCUGUAAUCACGGUUUCCAAACAGAAGGAUCACCUGCCAGGAAAACUGCAGCAGUUCACAAUCCUAAUCAAACGGCAGGUAUUUAAUGACUACCGGGACCUGGUGAUGUUGGUGGUUCAUGGUUUGGAAGCCUUGCUAAUGUCACUUCUCAUCGGUUUCCUUUAUUUUGGAGCUGGGGAUGAGGGUCUUUCCAUCCAAGAUACGGUGGCUUUGCUCUACAUGAUAGGAGCUCUGACACCCUUCGCUGUGGUGCUGGACGUCAUUGCAAAGUGUCAUUCAGAGAGAGCCAUGCUUUAUCAUGAACUGGAAGAUGGCAUGUACUCAGUCACCUCGUACUUUUUUGCCAAGGUCCUUGGUGAGCUGCCAGAGCACUGUGCCUUUACGCUGGUAUACGGUGUGCCCAUCUACUGGUUGGCUGGGCUCAACAUUGCUCCCGAGCGCUUCCUGCUCAACUUCCUCUUGGUGUGGCUGACGGUGUAUUGUAGUCGCUGCAUGGCCCUAUUUGUGGCCGCAGCCUUGCCAACAUUGCAGACUUCAUCUUUCAUGGGCAACGCACUCUUCACAGUCUUCUACCUGACUGCUGGCUUUGUCAUAAGUCUGGAAAACAUGUGGCUGGUGGCGUCUUGGUUUUCCUACAUAUCUUUCAUGCGCUGGGGUUUUGAGGGAAUGCUGCAGGUUCAGUUUCGUGGGACCAGAAUCCCAAUCACUAUUGGAAACCUCACUGUAGAAUUCGAUGGGAUUAAGGUUGUGGAGAUGAUGAAGAUGAACCAGUAUCCACUGUAUUCCUGCUACCUGGUUCUUCUCGCUGUUGUUUUUGUUUUCAUCCUGCUCUAUUAUCUGUCACUCAAAUUCAUCAAACAGAAGUCCAGUCAGGAUUGGUGAGAAGGACAAAUCAGCGUAAAGUCUGGUCCACACUGCAGCUUGUUCUUGCCAAGAAACCAAAAUUUAAAAAAUUCAUCCACAGUACAGAACUUGGUUUAUAAACUGUAGUUGUCAAGUCCAAAUAUGGCUCUCUCCG